GAGCGAGCGCCGGGCAGCUGAGGAGAGUCGCUGACUGCCGCGGCAUGGACGAGCCCGUGGCGCCUGGGGCCGCCAGCCCGCCGGCCAACGGCAACGGCAACGGCAAUGGCAACGGCAACGGCAACGGCAACGGCAAAGGGAAGCAGGCGGCGCCCAAGGGCAGGGACGCGUUCCGAAACCAGCGGCGGGAGUCGGAGGGCUCUGUGGACUGCCCCACUCUGGAAUUUGAAUAUGGAGAUGCAGAUGGGCACGCAGCAGAGUUAUCAGAGUUGUAUAGCUACACGGAGAACCUGGAAUUCACCACUAACAGGAGGUGCUUUGAAGAAGAUUUUAGGACUCAAGUGCAGGGCAAAGAAUGGCUGGAAUUGGAGGAGGAUGCUCAGAAGGCCUAUGUGAUGGGACUCCUCGACCGGCUGGAGGUGAUCAGUAGAGAAAGGCGACUGAAGAUGGCCCGCGCCGUUCUCUAUCUAGCACAAGGCACUUUUGGGGAAUGUGAUUCAGAGGUUGACGUGCUGCACUGGUCCAGGUACAACUGCUUCCUGCUCUAUCAGAUGGGAACCUUCUCGACCUUCCUGGAGCUACUCCACAUGGAAAUCGACAACAGCCAGGCUUGUAGUAGUGCUGUUCGGAAGCCGGCCAUCUCCAUUGCUGAUAGCACAGAGCUCCGGGUACUGCUGAGUGUCAUGUACCUCAUGGUGGAAAAUAUUCGCCUGGAGCGAGAGACUGACUCCUGCACAUGGAGGACAGCCCGGGAGACCUUCCGCACUGAACUGAGUUUCUCUAUGCAUCAUGAGGAGCCUUUUGCCCUUCUUCUCUUCUCCAUGGUAACAAAGUUCUGCAGUGGCCUGGCCCCCCACUUCCCCAUAAAGAAGGUUCUCCUUCUUCUCUGGAAAGUGGUCAUGUUUACCCUUGGGGGUUUCGAGCAUCUGCAGUCUCUAAAAGUGAAGAAACGGGAAGAACUGGGCCUGCCUCCUCUGGCUGAGGACAGUAUCCAGGUGGUGAAGAGCAUGCGAGCCGCCUCCCCGCCUUCUUACACACUUGACCUUGGGGAAUCUCAACUGGCACCACCACCCCCCUCCAAGCUUCGAGGCCGCCGUGGUUCUCGAAGGCAACUCCUCACUAAGCAGGACAGCCUGGAUAUCUACAAUGAAAGAGAUCUCUUUAAAGCAGAGGAACCAGCCUCAGAGGAGGAAGAGGAGUCUGCUGGUGAUGGAGAAAGAACCUUGGAUGGAGAGUUAGACCUGCUGGAGCAGGACCCACUAGUCCCCCCUCCACAGUCACAGGGUCCCCUUUCUGCUGAGCGGGUGGCCUUUCCCAAAGGCCUACCCUGGGCUCCAAAAGUCAGACAGAAGGACAUUGAACACUUCUUGGAGAUCAGCAGAAACAAGUUCAUUGGAUUCACUCUGGGACAGGACACGGAUACCUUGGUUGGACUACCCAGGCCUAUCCACGAGAGUGUAAAGACCCUAAAGCAGCACAAGUACAUCUCCAUCGCAGAUGUUCAGAUCAAGAACGAGGAGGAGCUGGAGAAAUGCCCCAUGUCUCUGGGGGAGGAAGUGGUACCAGAGACACCAUGUGAGAUCCUCUACCAGGGUAUGCUGUACAGCCUCCCCCAGUACAUGAUUGCCCUGCUUAAGAUCCUGCUGGCUGCAGCCCCCACCUCCAAGGCUAAGACAGACUCUAUCAACAUCCUGGCGGAUGUCCUGCCGGAGGAGAUGCCGAUCACUGUUCUCCAGAGCAUGAAGCUUGGCAUCGAUGUGAACAGGCACAAGGAAAUCAUUGUAAAGAGUAUUUCUGCCCUGCUCCUGCUACUCCUCAAACACUUCAAACUGAACCACAUUUACCAGUUUGAAUAUGUGUCACAACAUCUAGUAUUUGCCAACUGCAUUCCAUUGAUCUUGAAGUUCUUCAAUCAAAAUAUCUUGUCCUACAUCACAGCCAAGAACAGCAUCUCAGUCCUGGAUUACCCUGGCUGUACCAUCCAGGAUUUGCCAGAGCUGACUACAGAGAGUCUGGAGUCUGGAGAUAACACCCAAUUCUGCUGGAGGAACCUCUUCUCCUGCAUCAACCUUCUAAGGCUGCUUAACAAACUGACCAAAUGGAAGCAUUCCAGAACCAUGAUGCUAGUGGUGUUUAAAUCGGCUCCCAUCUUAAAACGGGCUCUGAAGGUCAAGCAGGCCAUGCUGCAACUUUAUAUCCUGAAGCUGCUAAAGAUACAGACCAAGUACCUGGGGCGCCAGUGGCGGAAAAGCAACAUGAAAACCAUGUCAGCUAUUUAUCAGAAAGUGCGGCACCGCAUGAACGAUGACUGGGCUUAUGGGAAUGACAUUGAUGCCAGGCCAUGGGACUUCCAAGCAGAAGAAUGCACCCUGCGAGCUAACAUUGAGGCUUUUAAUAGCCGCCGGUAUGACCGACCCCAGGACUCUGAAUUUUCACCUGUGGACAACUGCUUGCAGAGUGUCCUGGGACAGAGGCUGGAUCUGCCUGAGGAUUUCCACUAUUCCUAUGAGCUCUGGUUGGAGAGAGAGGUGUUUUCUCAACCCAUCUGCUGGGAGGAGCUGCUCCAGAGUCAUUGAUCUCUUAUUAACACAACAUCUGAUAGAUGGAUGUUAGCACUAAUAAACGGUGCUGAUGCUUUUGUUUCCAGCCAUACAGUAUGAAUCAGGCCCAUUCUCGGGAGUGUUGGACCUGGAGAUAUAUUGCCAGAAAGAGUCAAACAACUUGUCCUAGGGUUAGCUGGGUGCUUAGUUGUCCUUGGAAAUCUGCUGGAUCAGUCAUGUGCAGGCUCUCUGGUGGGACCACUCCCUGCUUUAGUCUUGCAUAGAACCUGUCUAGCCUUUGCUGACCCUGAGUGAGAAGAAGUUUAUUAUGAUAUUUGAUCUUCUUCUCACUCAGAUCAUGAAAUACUGAGAACAUUUUCUUCUUGCUCUCUCUAGAUCCCUAGGACUUUACAGAGGUUUGGCAAGCCAACUUUGAAAUUGCAUUUCUAAUUUCUAAACCUCUUUCUAAAAAUGUUUGCUCUCCAAUGAUUUUAGAGCACCUGCACCUUCGUUGUGAAGGCAGUGAUUUGCUGUUACCAAAAUACUGCAUGUGGUAGAAAGAAAUACUGUGUAGAGUGGUUUUUCUUUAGUCCCUCAGAGAUAUAUGUUCUCCGUGAUCAUUAUUUCCUUGUGCACUCUGUUUAGGGCAUGGAGCACUCUGCCACAACAAAUAGGUAACAGCCCUCCUCUAAGGAUGUUUCAUGUUUUUCUGAGACUAUUUCAGUCUUAAAAUGACUGAGCACACUGCAGAAAAUUAUCCUUUUCAUCCAAUUCCUCUUGUAAAUGACAAGUUAGCCACAGGAGGUUUUACUUAUUGAGAUGGCAUGUCCAUUUGUGCUUAUGAUCGAUUUAUUUUUUAAUUGAAUAGAACAGCAAGAGCAUCACUGCUUGCCAUUUUUCUUCUUCUAUGUUGAUUAAUGAUCUUUUUUUCCUUUUCAUUACUAGUGGCUUCAUGUGGAGAUUUAGCAAUACUGUUUCUACCUAAAAGUGUUGCAUAUUUCUUUGAAAAUAGAAGACUUGGUGUACCAGCCUUUUAAAAUGUUUUUACAGCAUACUUACCAUCAAAAACAAGAUUUUUAGAAAAAAUCUCUGGCUCAUACACCAUCAUUUGUUUCUUUUCAGUGCUCCUACAAUUAUGUCUCAGUGUCUUUAAGCUUUUUUUUUUACCUUAUAUACCCCCUCCACAAGCUGCCAACAUAGACACUACUGAAUCUUUUUUAUGAGAUCACUAACCCUCUUUAAUCAGGAGGACUGAUCAGAAUUGAUUUAUUUGCACACUUAUUUUCACUAUUCUGCACCAACCAUAGCCUCAUUUGGAAAUCAUAAGAAUUACCAACACUAUCAAAAGGAAUGCUACCAAGACUAUGUAAACUUAGAUUUUUACCUCUAUGAUUUAUGACAGCAAGAUUUGUAAUUUCAUAGAAAGGUCAUGAAAAAUGACCAGGGAAAUGGUUCACAGGGCUGAAGUGCAUGCUUUGCAUGUGGAAAUCCUGGGUUCAAUCCCCAGUACUGCAUGGACCCUAAACCACCACAUAGAGUGAUUAGAGUGGGCCAAAAAGAAAAAGUAUAUAAUGAAUGAAACUUCCUUAAAACAAUUUAUAAAUUUUACCUGUGUAGGACAGCAGUCUUUGUUGCAAUCAAAAUAAUUUAUGGGACUUGUCUUCUAUAGCCCUAUUAUCGAUGAUUUUAAUAUAAUUUAAGUGAAAAAAUAAUUUUCAAAAAAAGAGUAAUCAUCAGUAUAUUUAUUUUAAAGGCAUUUAGUUCAUUUGUGUUAAGAAUAAAUAAGCUAGGGCCAGACCAAUAGUACAGUGGGUGGGAUGCUUGCCUUGCAUGAAGCCCAACCGGGUUCGAUCCCAGAAUCCCACACAGUACCCCAAACAUGCCAGGAGUGAUUCCUGAGUUCAAAGCCAGGAGUACCCUCUGAGUGUGGCUAGGUGUGCCCUGCCCCCACACACACACAAAAAAAUAAGGUAACCUUUUAUAAUAGACACAUGGUUGAUUUUUGAAGCAUGGACAUUUACUGAACUUAACAUUUUAUGCUGUAUUUUAUACAACUCUUCCAAAGCAAGACUGAUUUCCAGUGCAGCUGGAGAAACUAAGGCACCACAGAAAAGUGAUUAGAUUCUAAUUAAAUCAACUUAUUUCCCACUAACUUAUUGGGACCGGCAUUCAGGUAUUGACAGACAACCCUCAUUACGGGGUUGGAUAUCCUAACUUGAGAUUCUAAUGCGAAUUCAUGUGUGUGGUCAGGAAUAUAUUUAGAUUAACUUCCAGUGGUGAUUACUAUUACUACCUAAAAGAACAUUAUUUGAGUGAUCUAUUAAAUAGGGGAUUUUUAUUUAUUAAUAUUUCAGUGAAGAUUGUGUUGACUGUUAAUUACAUUAUUUAUCUAUUGACGCACUUUAAUAAAAAGAAAAUUGAACUGGA